GCCACCACAAAUAGAAAUAUAAACAAUCUAUAAAAAUGGCAAGAAAUGCAGAGAAGGCUAUGACAACUUUGGCGCGUUGGCGAGCCGCCAAGGAAGUCGAAUCAGGUGAAAAGGAGCGCCGGCCUUACCUAGCCUCGGAGUGCCAUGAACUGCCAAAGUGUGAAAAGUUUCGCCUGGAGAUUAUACGUGAAAUAUCCAAGAAAGUUGCACAAAUUCAAAAUGCUGGUUUGGGUGAAUUCCGAAUUCGCGAUCUGAACGAUGAAAUCAACAAGCUGCUGCGUGAGAAACGGCACUGGGAGAAUCAGAUAUCAGCGCUGGGCGGUCCACACUAUCGUCGGUAUGGCCCCAAAAUGUUCGAUGCCGAAGGCCGCGAGGUGCCGGGCAAUCGAGGCUACAAAUACUUUGGAGCUGCCAAAGAUUUGCCUGGCGUGCGAGAGCUGUUCGAACAGGAUCCACCGCCGCCGCCGCGCAAAACUCGUGCCGAGCUGAUGAAGGACAUCGACGCCGAGUACUAUGGCUAUCGCGACGACGAGGACGGCGUGCUUAUACCGCUGGAGGAGAAGAUUGAGCGGAUCGCUCUGCAGAAAGCCGUGCAGGAAUGGCGUGAGAAAAUGGCACGCGAUGGCCGCAUCAUCGACGACGAGGAGGACGACGACGAAAUCUAUCCGCUCUCUGGCCCGGCGCGCGAAGCAGCCGAAGAUGCCAAAGCACGCGCAGCUGAAAAUGAUCCACACGGACUGCUCGCCCCGCGCUUCACUGCCCACGUGCCCGUGCCCACGCAGCAGGACGUGCAGGAGGCGCUGCUGCGAAAGCGCAAACAGGAACUGCUGCAAAAAUACACAGACGAAAAUUAAGAAAACAUUUACAAUACAUUUCUCAUUUACAUAUAUU